AUGAAACUGGAGACCUGCUGUUGGCAUUAAUUAUUAUAGAGAAGUCCCCUGGCUAAAUUUGACUGGGUCUACCUGACUCUACUGGCAGUUUGGCUCUUCUUGACAGUCUGGCUCUCAUCUCAGUUUGGCAGUCCUGCUUACUGGCAGUCUGGUCUACUGGCAGUCUGGCCUACUGGCAGUCUGGUCUACUGGCAGUUCGGCUAUAACUGGCUCUCCGCGGUUUCAAAUCCUACAGAUUUUCGAGGACGGGCCUGCUCUCCAUGUCACUUUUUGUAUCACUAGAGACCUACCAAAAGUGACAGAUAUUUAUAUUCGCCAUCUCAUAUCUAUGCAUCGCAGGAAGACACUCUUGCCUAGAAGGCUGGUUCAUGGUUAAAUCUGAUGUUAAUGACGAUCUUAAUUUUUCAGGAACUUGGCUUGGAGCUAUGGACUCAACUUACUUAUUUUGUUACGCUAUAGGGAAUUAUAUAAGCGGAGUCCUCGGAGAUUUAUUUCCUAUCCAUAUCGUUGUUCCUAGUGGAAUGAUCUUAGGAAGCCUAUGCUACUUCAUUAUAGUAUUUCUAGGAUAUGCAAAUUAUGGCAAUCCAUAUAUCUUUGUCAUUUUAUUUGGAAUGAUAGGUUUCUCUUUAUCUACAGUUUGGCCUUGCACAGUUUCUUUAAUGGGUCAUUGAUUCUCAAGAAAAAACACAGGAAAAAUUUUAGGCUUAUGGAGCUCAAAUUCUCAGGUUGGGAAUAUUUUGGGUGCUCAAAUGGCAACUAUUAUUUUAUCUCUAUUAAACUCUUCAUGGGAAAUUGUUAUAAUUGUAACUACAAUUUUUCUGCUAUCUAUUGGGGUUAUAUUUUUCUUCACUGUAAAAGAAAGACCUGAUUCAAAAUGGCUGCAAAAUCAACAAGUUUUGUUAGAUGAAGAAAAAGAUAAUAGCAGUCAGGAGCAGCCUUCACUUUCUUUUAUUCAAGCAUGGAUGCUCCCAAGAGUUGCAGUAUAUGCAUUGACUUAUGCUUGUGUAAAAUUGCUUAACUAUUCUAUGCUUAUGUGAUUGCCUUUUAUAUUAGACAAACACAUCAAUGUCAACAAGAACUUAAUAGGGGCCAUGGCAAAUUUAUACGACAUCGGAGGCUUGGUAGGUGGCUUUAUAUUUGGAUGAAUCACAGAUAGACUUGGCUAUAGAGCUCCGACUAUAUGCUCAAUGCUUUUAGGAGCCCUGCCUAUUUUUGGGAUAAUUCAGCUGAUGACUCCAAGCACUUGGUGGAUGUUCUUUUUCAUAACGUUUUUAUUGGGAUGCCUUGUAAGUGCUUCUGAUAAUUUAAUUUCAGGAGCAGUUGCUAUUGAUCUUGGAAGAGGAGAAAGUAUCCAACUAAUGCUGAGAAUCACAAUAUAAGGAAUUAUUAUUUUAAAAAUUUAUUCAAAGAUAAAUAGCAUAGUAUUGGAAAAGAUGAAAACGCUGUUGCUAAAGUUACAGGAAUUAUCGAUGGCACUGGGGCGCUAGGUGCAGCGAGUGGGCAGAUUUUUAUUGGAUACUUAUCGGAUAUAGAUUGAAGCUUUUUAUUUGCUUUUAUGCUUUUAGUAAACAUCUGCGCAGUCAGUUUACUAGUUAAAUAUGCCAUAACAGACACAAGAAGACUGAGAGAGAGAGAGAGAGAGAUUAGUUAGAGAGGUUAAGCGGGAUUAUUUCAGCCCCUAGCCAGUCGGACUUCAGCUUCGUGCUUCAUGUGGCACUAAGCACUAAAGCCACCUAACGCUCUUUUUCUUCGGAGCCAUCAAAAAUGGUGACGUCCUCAGUCUGUCGGGAGAGACUCACCCGACCCUGCUGGAUCAAAAAUUUCGGCAAGGACUCUCUUAACCCCUGGUGGUGCUCAAGGUAUGAGAGGAUCGUCCAUUGUCUUCUUCUGGAACCACCUGUGCCAUUCGCAGGCACCAUAAUGCUCCUCCAGAAGUGCUUGAUUGAUGUUGCGCCGUCGGUAUCUUGUCUGUGGGUCGAGGGGAAGCCCAGUCAGCCCAAGCCUGCACCCCACCCCGGAGAAUUGCCAUCUGCGACCCCUUGGCCUUCCGGCCGUUUUAUUUUUUUUUUUGCACGGCCGAAUUCUGGGAUUUUUUUUGCUGUCGCCGAGCCAAAAUGGAUUUCCAUCUUGCAAGAUGGAAAUUCUAAGAAGACUGAAGAAAGAAAGAAAAAAUAGUAGUUAA